AUGUCGCCGCCGCCACCAUUUGAAACUCUGCCAGAAGUGAGCAACAACAAAAAGAAGAAGAAGAAAAGUCGCAAAAAAACGCCGCUUGUUGUUCCACCGGCAAUCCGCGAUCUUUCGAAGCAAAAAAAGCCAGCUGCUCGAUCAUCGCCGCCAAAGCUCUCACCAAUGAAGGAUCCUGCCAGAGAUAUUAUUGAGCUCUCAUCAGAGACUUCCGACGCCGAAGAAGGCGCCACCACCGCCGCCGCCGCCGCCGCCAAGCAGAGCGAGAUUUUCAAGCGACCGUACGAGAGCGAGAGCGAGGGCGAAUUGACGAUAAUUGAUGAGGAAACUCCGCAGCCUGUCAAGUCUCGAAAAACCAAGGCGAAAAAUCCGCCGAAAAAAAGAAAAACUACUCCCGCGGCGGCGGCGGUGGCAAAAGCUGCGAAAAAACAAUCUGCGAAAAAAGGCGAAAAACGAGACGAUACUCCUCGCCCUCGCCGAUGCAAACCAGUUCCACCGAAUUGCAUCUCUCAGAUGGACUACAAUCGCGCGCGAUUGUUUCAAAAGGGUGAUCCAGAAUUACCUUCCAAUGACGCUGUCGGAAAGCCAACUGAGCCGCGAAUCCUCCCCGUUGUCGAUAAAAAGUCGUCUGUUCCUCGCGAUCAAAUGCCCGAUUUGGAGAACACGAUGACAAUUGAUCAGGGCGAAUUCCCUCUCACCUUGCCAAAAGAUUCCGAUGUUGAUAAAGAAGUCGGCGAGCUUCUUCGACGAACAGAUGCGCUGGAAAUAACCGACAGCGAAGACGAGUCGACUGGCGAGAUAAAGAAAAAAAUUGAAGCGUUCAAAAAGGAAGCGCCGGUUUGGCCAAUGAAUCGCUACGCCCUUCGAAAAGCUUUCAAAUUGGCAUACAAUGCUAAAUUUGGAGUGCGACCGUCUAUGGCCGACUGCCGAAUUGGUGCUUGGUUGCAGCGAAUCGCCCGCAAGUACCAUCAUGCAAAGCGAUACAGCCAGCCUCUGAACGAAGCCGAGUACCGUAUUUUCAUUGAAAAUGUGAGCAAAGGCACUUCUCUGGAAAGCUUCUACAAUGAGCCGGGGCUAGAAGUUGGUCCGCGCCUUGUCUGGGAUAGAGUUGGCAGCUUCUUCCCCAUUUUCGCCAUCGAUGGAUUCAUCCAUUACUACAUCAAAGAACUCAAAAUUUGGGUUCACUUUGAAAAACGCGGUUGGCGACUAAUGUCAAUCACGGACAAAGAUCUUGGUCACCCGGCGAUUCUUUUGGCCACUCUCAACGAAAUGCCCCCGAUGGUCUUCCCUUGGCCCUUUACGUCGGCUGAUGAUCCGUACGCCAAGGAAAAGUCGACCAUUCUACUUGUACUUGGCUUCAUUCCUUUGGGCACUUAUCCGGAAUACGCGCUCGAAGCUGUCGACAUAAGCAAAGAGGUUUUACAGACGCUUUGCAUUGAAGAGCAAAUCACUCAACCGCCCUCAGCCGACCAGAUGAUUGCUCUCAACGAGCGGCUUGAAAACAAGUGCUACAGGAUGGUCAAUACGGCCUUCAAGAUGGAUCUCCUGGGCCCCGAAGAUGGACUAACGGACGAGGAAAUUCUAGAGGUGCGAUACAACGGCCUCAUCCUCAAAAUGGAUGAGAUGCUUGGCGGCUCAAAGCCAGCAACAACACUCCCUCUUAAAAACCGCGACCCAUUCGAGGCAAUCGUUGCUGCUCUUCCGCGGGUUUUUACCGAGAAUAAAGACGUCUGGCCCCAAAAAAUCUUCAUCAAAACGCUCAUUUAUGCCAACUCUUGCCAAAAAUUCACCGAAAAUCCUGCGAUGAUGCAGCUUUUUGGCGUUGGCGAAAUUUUGCCCGCACCAGUUGUCGCUUGGCAACAGUGGCUCAACUAUCCGCUGCUCGACAUCAACAUGAGCACUGGGGAGGCGAAGCGAGCUCAAGUCGAAUUGGAAAAAUUUGUCGCCAAUUACAAGCCGAUGCCGGCUUCCAACGCCGUUCCCACCACCUCCUCCUCCUCCGCCGCCGCCGGAGACGAAGUCUCAAGCAAGAAAAAGAGCCGACGACUCACCCUUGAACAGAUGGAAGAUGCAGCAACAUCGUACGGGCUUCAUGAUUCUGAUGAUGAACAAAUUUCUUCUGUUCCUCGUGCAAACAUGCCCCAGAAUUAG